CCUCGGAAGGAGCCGAGAUGUGCUCGACGCCGACGGCUUUGGUUUCAGGUUUUGGAUCGCGCCGGAUUCCUUUUGUUUUAUUCAGAACAAGAAGCAGUUUGUUGGAGAUUCCAGGAUUGGUUUGAGAAAGAAGCACCAGUGAAUAGAGGAUAUGGCUGCCAAAGACGUCGUGGACGAGGAGAAGACGAAGACGAGGAAACGCAGCGCCGAGGAUGUCGUCGACCGCUCCGACGCAGACGAAUCCAGCAGCGACGAUGAUUUCGGACCAAAGCUGCCUUCUGCCGCAGGACCCAGCACCACCGCCGACCGACGGAAAAAGCGACGAGUUCUCAAACAUGAAUCGGCUUACCUGCGCGCACUCCCCUCCUUUGAGCGCUACACGCGCUCCUACAUGCACCGCAAGCCACUUGCGCUCACGCGCGUCUCCGCAUCGACGAACUUCGUGCUCACCCUCUCCAUCGACGGCGUUCUCAAAUUCUGGAAGAAAAAAGCCAGCGGCAUCGAGUUCGUCAAGCAAUUCCAGGCCCACGCGGCGCCCCCGUCGUCUUCAGCAGCAGCAGAGGAGAGCGUGGUGGUGGGGGGAGAGGUGUCGGCUGAUGGGAAGAUGUUUGCGAGUAUUGGCACGGAUAGGACGAUUAAGAUCUUUGACGUGGUGAAUUUUGAUAUGAUUAAUAUCUUUAAGGAGUUGCCGUAUACGCCUGGUUGUGUGGGGUGGUUGCAGAAGAAGGGGCAGGUUGAUGGUCGGAUUGCCGUAUCCGACAAAAACUCGUCCCGGAUAUUCAUCUACGACGUCCGCUCAGACUCCCAAGACCCCCUCCACGUCCUCCCCGAGCUGCACAAAACCCCGGUCCGCGUGCUAUCGUUCAACCCGCACGCCAACUGCGUGAUCUCGAUCGACGAAGGCGGCAUGGUCGAGUACUGGCGCCCCGAGGGCACUUUCGACCAGCCCGACGACGACGACGGCGGCGUGAUCAGUUUCAAGUUCAAGUCGACCACUGACCUGUACGAGUUUCGUAAGUUCAAGUGUCUGCCUACGUCGCUCACGUUCUCGGCGGACGGGAGUCGGUUCGCGACGUUUUCGCUGCCGGAUAGGAUGGUUCGCGUGUUUGAUUUCAAGACGGGAAAGUUACAUCGGAAAUACGACGAGAGUCUUGACGUCGCGAUCGACAUGCAGCGUCAACAACAGCAACAACAAGAAGAAAAAGAGCAGAAACCGACACAGACGCAUGCGCUGAGGAAAUUGGAUGAUAUCGAGUUCGGCAAGAGGAUCGCGAUUGAGCGGGAACUUGAGCAGAGCGGCGAGUUGGCGAGGGAUAUGAAUGUCGUGUUUGACGAUAGCGGGCAUUUCAUUCUCUACGCCACAUAUCUCGGCAUCAAAGUAAUCAACAUGGUGACAAACCGCUGCGUCCGCCUGCUAGGUUCAGAAGACAACAUCAGGUUUUUAAACCUGUCAGUCUACCAAGGCGCCCCGGACCGCAAGGACGUCAUGACGCUCGAGAUGGCGGCGUCAGACAACGCGCUCGUCAGCGCGAGCUUGGCUCUCGAUCCGACUGUGUUUGCGACCGCCGUGGGUAAAGUGCGGUUCUAUAUGUUUACGAAUUAUGAGGGGGAGUUCGCGGCGAUUAAAAACGACCGGGACGUCCUCAACGAAAGACCACUAACAAAGCUCGACGGCAAAUCCACCUCCUCCGCCAAAUCGACCGCGCUAUCCGCCAAAGGUGUGACGCUGCAUACCUCUCUCGGCGACAUCCAGAUCCGACUCUACGCCGAGCACGCGCCGCUCGCAGUCGAGAACUUUGUGACGCUGUGCAAGAAAGGGUACUACGACUCGACGAUCUUCCACCGCGUGAUCAAGAAGUUUAUGAUCCAGGGCGGGGAUCCGCUCGGAGAUGGUACGGGCGGGGAGAGUAUGUGGGGAAAGGAGUUUAAGGACGAGUUUACAAAGGCGUUGAGGCAUGAUCGGCCGUUUGUGGUGAGCAUGGCGAACGCGGGGCCGAAUACGAAUGGAUCGCAGUUUUUCAUCACGACCGAGAAAGCGCCAUGGCUGGACGACAAACACACAAUCUUUGGAAGAGUAGUUCUCGGCAUGGACGUCGUCAAGCGGAUCGAGGGGCUCAAGACGGAUAAGAACGACAAGCCUGAGGAUCCGCCGUCCAUUUUGUCUAUUACUGUUUUGUAAAGUAGGUAGCGCGGGUGGGUAUAGAUUUGAUUUUUGCUUGUAAGAUGAAAAUGUGAAUGUGAAUGUGAGAUAAUAGACAGAUUUAUGUGAUG